UUCGCCACCGUCUCCCUUCCAUUUGCGACCCUUAAAUUUAACUUCACCCUGAAACCCUAAAUCAAGCGCUUAUCCAUCUCCAUAGAGUGCCGAGCGUCGAACCCGUGCAACACCUCGCCGCUUGCUUGGUCUGUGGCAAUUAAUAUCCACAGUGAUUGCCUUUGGUUUGUUUUCUGUCGACCACGGCUUCUUCCUGUUUUGGUCCGAUCUGUUCGAGGAGGGCCUCCCGCCGUGACGAAAUUUUGGUGAGCGGUAAUCCCUUUUUCGGUGAAGAGAGUUAUUGUUUGACGGAGAUCAUCUCCUUGCGGCGGACGGUGAUAUCUGCGUCUUGGUGGCCACAAUUUUGAGUUGCUCGCGACUUAUUGCUUCGGAUCGUCGAUUGUUGCUGAUCCGAUCGUUUCUACAUCCGAUUUACCGGGAGAAAAAUUGUCCUGAAGUUCUUUUUGAUAUUUUUCCUGUUCGCACUCGGUGAAUUGGUAUCCCGAUUCAUGAUCGGAGGGAGGAGAUAAAUAUCUGUUUACAUGUCCAUGUUAUCUGUUGUUCUAGCGUAAUGGCGGAGCUGCCUUCAUUUUUUUGGCUUUAAUUCACUUUCCAGCUCAUUUGUAGGGCAAAGGUUUUGUUCUUUGUGGUUUAUUUUGCUUGAAAUUGGAACGGAGAAACCGAGAGGGAGAAGAGAAUAAUGGCUGUGUAUUAUAAGUUUAAAAGUGCCAAAGAUUAUGAUUCUGUUCUCAUUGAGGGGCAAUUUAUAUCUGUUGUCAAUUUGAAAGAAAGAAUCUUUGAAUCCAAGCUAUUUGGGAAGGGUACGGAUUUCGACCUCAUGAUCUCUAAUGCACAGACUAAUGAAGAAUAUGAAGAUGAAGGAGCUAUGAUACCCAAAAACACAUCAGUUUUGAUUCGUCGAGUCCCUGGACGACCACGAAAGCCUAUUAUCACUGAGAGAGACGAGCAGAGAUUUCUAGAGGAUAAGGUAGAAGGCCUUCCACCAUCUAGCAGCAUGUUGGUUGAUGAUUCAUCUACCAUCACAUAUGUAAGCUUGACUACUUCUGAAUGUCAUUGCACCUGUGGAUCUAUGAGGCCUCAAGAAUACGAAUGGGAUGAGUUUGGAAAUGACCUAUAUGUCAUUCCUGAAGUUAAUGCUCCUCAGACAAGUAACCCUGUGAUAGAUGUUUCUCCUGCUAACAAGGUUGAUGAGGAUAGCAAAAUUAAGGCUUUAAUUGACACACCUGCUCUCGACUGGAAUCGUCGAACACAAGAAGGAAGAGCUUUUGGAAGAGGAACCGCUGGCAGAAUGUUUGGUGGUCGUAGUGAUGGGCGAAGUAUUCUUGAACGCAAGACACCCCCAGCAGGUUAUGUUUGUCACAGAUGCAAAGUGCCUGGUCACUUUAUCCAGCACUGCCCCACAAAUGGAGAUCCUAACUAUGACAUGAAAAGAGUGAAACCUCCGACUGGAAUUCCAAAAUCAAUGUUAAUGACAACUCCUGAUGGCUCCUAUGCAUUGCCAAGUGGUGCAGUUGCUGUUUUAAGGCCAAAUGAGGCUGCAUUUGAGAAAGAAAUUGAGGGGCUACCUACCACUCGUCCUGUCAGUGACCUUCCACCGGAAUUGCGUUGCCCAUUGUGUAAAGAGGUGAUGAAGGAUGCUGUUCUGACUAGCAAGUGCUGUUUCAGGAGCUUCUGUGACAAAUGCAUUAGGGACUAUAUCAUUACAAAGUUGAUGUGUGUUUGCGGGGCCACAAAUAUAUUGGCUGAUGACCUUCUUCCAAACAAAACACUCAGAGAAACAAUCAGUCGGAUAUUAGAAUCAACAACUAGUAGUACAGAAAAUGCUGGAAGCAUGGUACAGCUCCAAGAUAUGGAGUCGUCUCAUCCUUUACAGCCCAAAGACCCAUCUCCUACUCUUUCUGCUGUGUCCAAAGACGAACCUAAUCAGUUCACUGCAAAGCAAUUUUCCUGUGUGAAGGAAGGUGAAGGUGCAAGUGAAACAAAGGCUGGAAACAGUGAGAUGAAUUCUUCAGAUAAGAAAGUUGUUAUAAAUACAGAUGUUUGUGUAGCAACAGCAGAAUCUCUGAGCAAGGAGCCAAAGUCUCAUCAGAGUCCUCCAAUGCCUGGAGAUAUCCGAGAAAAGAAACUUGCUGGAGAGCAAGGAAAGAAAAAGAAGAAGAAAAAGGCACGUCUUGUUGCCCAUGAUGCUGAUAUGCAAUGGAGGGCCUACCAGGAUCUUGGAUCUGAAAAUUAUGGAAUGCCUUUGGCUGUUUCAGGCUAUAAUCCCUACUGGACUGGUGGGAUGCCAUUAGGAGUUGGUAACUACAUGGCACCUUAUGGUGGUCCAAUGCCAUAUAUGGGUUACACACCAGGGCCCUAUGAUGUUCCUUUUGGUGGGGGAAAUUUUCCACAAGAUCCAUUUGCUGCACAAAGUUAUAUGAUGCCAGUACUUCCGAGGGAUUUAUCUGAGUUAAGGAUGGGUAGUAUGGGCAUGAAUCAGGAGCCUUCAGGUAUGAGCAGAGAAGAGUUUGAGGCUAGGAAGGCUGAUCUAAGGCAUAAGCAUGAAAUGGAGCGACUUAACGAAAGGGAGAGGGGGCAUUCCAAGGAUGGUAAAGCAAGAAGGGAAUCGAGCAACACUAAUGGUGCUUCAAUGAGGCCACAGCCCAGGCUGAUGUCGCAGGCCCAGUGGUCGGACCGGAGCUGGUCUGAGAAGUCAGGCAGCGUGGACUGCGGUGGACCGUUCCGCGACCCGGCCCGGCUUAUGCCACCAAGGCCCGCAAAGACGGCUGCCAGUGACCGCUACGCGGCCCCCGGCGAGGCGGGCAGCAAGAAGAGGAAGCCCUCCUCGCCCGAGAGGAGCAACGGGCUGAAGGAGCUCAAGGGCGGGGAGAGAAGGGGGAUCAGUGGGUACGACCACGAAUCGAACGAGGUAGAGUACCACUUAAAGCGGAGGCCUUCGUCCUCGUCGGCAAGGGAGGCGACGUCGAGACGCCACCGGGAGUGGGAGCCACGUGGAAGGGGUGGUAGGGAGCAGGAGCAUGGCCACGAGCGUCCUGCGAGCAAGCGGAGAUGAGCCGGUGCAAAUGCUACUACUACUACUACUACCACUUCCAUGGCUGAACCGAAUCGGAGACUGUCCUUUUUAACCGAGUCAACCAAUGCGAUCAAAGUACAAGAGUUCGAUUUUGACUCGUGUGUUUACCUUGUCAGCACUUAGCUCAAUGUUUGGGCUUGACGACAUAUCUGGGUUUCCAAUUCUGAAUAAAUAUGAAUAUAUAAAUAUAUAAUAUUA